AUCCUCCAGCGCCCGCGUGUGCGUCCUUCACAUUCAUGAACACUCACCUGUGAGGAUGAGCAUGUGUCUUCUCUGGCUCGGCCUGCUCCGCAUCAGCCUGAGCGCACUGUGGCAAGCGGCCGACAUACAUGCAGCAGUGACCAUUGAUCAGGUGACGCUGACAGUCCUUCCUGCUAAUAAUGUGGAGAGUGGCACUGACGUGAUCUUACGUUGUGAGACCAGUGUCAGUCAGAGCCUCCCCCAGCCGCUGACAUAUUCCUUCAGACUCCUGCAGGACGAUCAGGUGAUGUACUCCAAAAAUAUCAGUGCUUCAGUGAUGGAGCGCAGUUUAUCUUCUGCCAGGGUGUCCAACUCUGGCCGCUACCAGUGCAGUGUCCACAUCUACGACAAGCACAAGACGAGCAACAUCCUGUCAUUAAGCGUCACAGGUCUUCAGAUCCCUAUGCUGAAUGUGAAGUCUGACAUCAUGUCUGAGGGGGAAGACAUUAUUGCCACGUGCAGUGCACCAGAGGAGACGGGCAGUCUGAUCUUCAACUUCUACGAGAAUGAUCUGGAUGUCAAGAGAGUCAUUAGUAGCAGCAACUCUGUGACGACCACUCUGACCACGCAGAAGCUCACAGAAAUCUACCUGCAAUGUGCCUAUAUGGUUAUAAUGCACCCUAAUGCUGGCCUCUCCAACAAAAGCAACAUGGUGAAAGUUAUUGUACGAGAUCUUGAUGCGAUCACCCCACAGAUAAGCUUCUCACCCAAAGGGAAUGUUGUCGAGGGUGACAGGGUGCAGAUCACAUGCAAGGUGCAAUAUCCCCCAGAUAUUGAGUUGUACCUCACUAAAGGCAACACCGUUCUUCAUGAAUCUCAUACAACCUUCACAAAGAGCCUCGUAGUAAGAGCUGAGGAUUCAGGGGACUAUGUGUGUAAAGCAGAGAAAGGCAGCGUGCAAAAGAAGGCAGUCUUUCCGCUACAUGUUGCAGAACUGUUCUCGAAGCCGAUUUUGAGAAUGAGCCCAGACCAGGUUUUUGAAGGAGAACGCUUCACUCUGACCUGCAGCAGUAAUGUAAUCUCCUCAGUGAAGAUCGGAAUAGCAGACAUAAAGUAUGUUCUGCUGAAAGAUGGUCGACGCAUUUCAGCAGUUGCAAAAUAUGAAGACACUGCAAGCCCCGCCACCAAUGGGCAAUACUAUUGUAUGGCAAUGGCUAAAGAAGUUAACAAGACCAGCUCACCACAUGAUGUAAAAGCUAAAGUAUCAGUACCCGUUUCCAGGCCAGUCCUGGAGCCAAAGGAGGUUACAGUCUCAGAGGGGUCAGAUCUUAUCCUCAUCUGCCGUGUACAACAGGGAACUUACCCCAUCACCUUCACCUGGUAUCAUAACAGAGUUAUGCUCCUUUCCUCCAUCCAAGAGGUCAGAUCCUUAGAAGGAAGACAUGUCGUCAAAGUCAUCGAACGAGACCAGAGAGGCGACUACUACUGUGAGGCGUCCAAUUACGCCUCUGAAACCAAAAAGAGUUAUCCAGUCAGAAUUGGUGUCAGUUUAGCGCUGUGGAAGAAAGUUCUUAUUGGAGUGUUCUGUAUCUUGCUUUUGGUGGCUAUCGUCUUAGUCCUGACAGUCUUUUUUAAGAAAAUGUCCCAUCCACGCAGAAAAAAGCAAGCAACUGAGUUAUCAGUAAAACCUUCAAGGCCCAAAUCAGGUGACCCAAUGAGAAUAAGCCUUACUCUCGACAUUGAAGACAACACCGCUAUCAAUGGAACUCCCUGUGUGAUGGGCAGGAAUGUCUGGAGUGAAAAUGUAUCUGGCUCAGAAUCUGACGAUCAUGCUGAUGAAGACUCUGAGCUGGUUCAGCCACAGGAAGUGGAUCCCAGCAGAGAAGUUCCUGUGACGAAAAGCAUAGAGCCCGAAUACAGUGUCCAGCACACAGAGGUCCAAGUGUCCACACCAGGAGUUUCGGAACAGGCUGAGGGCGCAGCUCUGGAAUAUGCACAACUCAACAACAGUGAACAAGAACCUGCAUAGAGUCUCAACAUUUAAACUUAAUUUAUUCAGUUUCUCCACCACCAGAAGCUGAUUUUUAUUCAUGAUGUGCUGACAUUGAAUAUUUUGCUUUGUUGGUAUUAUUGACAUUACUUUGUGGCUUAGGUUGUUUUUUA